AUGAUUUGUUUUUAUCUAUUUCCAUAUACAUUAUCAAAAAAGUUACCUGCAAAACCUAAGUGUGAUGUUUUACUUUAUGAGAGCUUCGAUCCUAUCUGGUCUCCUCGUCGCUGGAUCCCUACAGAAGCUCUAAAUUAUACAAAUGAUUGGCAAAUAGUUGAAACACAGAUCCCUCAAACUAUCCCUGGAGAAAAUGCUCUAUAUGCAAGAAGAGGAAAAGUUUAUUCAGCAGUUUCUACGAAAUUCAAACAUCCAAUAAAUAUCACCGAAAAAGAUUUUGUUUUACAGUAUGAAAUGCGUGCAGAAUUUGCUUUUACAUGCAGUGGCGCUUAUAUUAAGCUUUUUGCUGGUGAUUUCGAUCCGACCAAAUUAACCAAUGAAACAAACUACGCUUUGAUGUUUGGACCUGAUAGAUGUAGCUCUUCUAAGAAAGUUCACUUCAUUUUAAACGAAUUUAACAGAUCGCCAUACAAAUUCAAGCAAUUAGUCAUGCAAGACCCACCAAUUCCAUUUGAUGAUACAAUGACGCACUUAUAUACUCUAAUCAUACGCAAAAAUGGAACUUAUUCAAUACUAAUUGAUAAUGUUCCUGCCAAAAACGGAGCAUUUGAUCAUAAACUUCGGGUUCCUUUGAGUUAUGGACUUGGUUUCGAAAUAUGGCAUGUAAAUCGUGAUAUUUCCUUUAAUAACAUUCUUAUUGCAAAUGAUGAGAAAUCUGUGAUAGAAUGGAACAAUGAAAACUUUGCUUAUAGACAGAGAUAUCAAAAGAAAGAACUACUUGAUGCUCUUUCAUACGAUCUCCCACAGAAAUCUUAUAUAGAAGUUUUAUAUUCUGAAGUAUUAGAUUUCGUUAACUCUCUCUCAUUGUUCGAGAAUCUAUUUAUGAUUCUUGUUAUUACUAUUCCAAUUGUCAUCAAUAUUAUUGGAUUUUUCAUCGAUAGAAAGAAUAAGAAACAAAAGGGCUUAAAGAAAAAGGCUGAUUGA